UUUUUCUUUUUUCUUUUUCGUCUUCUCUGUCUCUCUCCUUGUUCUUGAGACCGUGAGGGAAACAGCAGCCAUCAGAAGAACACCCAAAUGUCUAUAUCCAUGGCCUUGUUUUCUCCUCCUGCACCCAACCUCAGGACCCCCUCUCCUCACUCCCUCUCCAAACCCUGCCUCACCCACAAGCCCUCUCUCUCCCUCAGGCCCAAAAGACCCACCUUUAUCGCCAUCAAUGCUUCCUCCGAUAAUGGAGCCGGGGUUGUCCCAUCGUCGGCUGUGACUGUAGAGGAGGAGCCCAAGGUAGAAUUAGAGCAGGUGAAGGAGCCAGAGGGAGUAAAGGGAGGUACUGAGUCGAAUGGGUCUGUGUCCUCUGCUUCUGAUGAGGAAGCGGUGGUGGUCACCAAGUUCAAGGACUCGAGAUGGGUCGGUGGGACUUGGGAUUUGAAGCAGUUUCAGAAAGAUGGUACGACUGAUUGGGAUGCUGUCAUUGAUGCCGAGGUUAGGAGGAGAAAAUGGCUUGAAGACAACCCGGAAUCGUCCAGUAACGAUGACCCUGUAGUUUUCGACACCUCUAUCAUUCCAUGGUGGUCCUGGAUGAAGAGGUUCCAUCUUCCCGAGGCUGAACUACUCAAUGGUCGGGCAGCAAUGAUUGGAUUCUUCAUGGCUUAUUUGGUGGAUAGCUUGACCGGAGUCGGUCUUGUUGACCAAAUGGGAAACUUCUUUUGCAAGACUCUCUUGUUCAUAGCUGUAGUAGGAGUUCUGGUAAUAAGAAAGAACGAGGACAUCGAGACCGUAAAGAAGCUUAUUGAGGAAACGACCUUCUACGACAAGCAAUGGCAAGCAUCAUGGCAGGAUGAUAACCCUGGCAGUUCAAAGAAUGGCUAGUGAAAAAUCCAUGGUUGUUACCAAAAGAGAGCGUCUCAAGAUCCCUUAAGCAUUUUUGCCGUAGAAUGUUUUUACCAUUUAUUGCGUGUUUGAACAUGUUGCAGUAUAAAAUUGUCAACUUGCUAAAUCUUCCGGGGAAGAGAAGGCGUUAUGAGCAAUUUAGCUGCACCUUCUAGUUCCUCUUUACUGCUUGUUUUAAAUCACAAACACCAUGACCAAAUAGCACAUCAUUUUUGUCGUGGUAAAAACUUUCUUUUGGUGGA